AUGCACGGCGACGAAUACGAUACGCACGCGUGGACACAAAAGGGUGCAACGUCACAGAUGGUGACAGAGGAUCCCGCCGGUGCGUGGGUUCUCGAUAGUGACGACGAGUCGAAUGAGACGGACUCGCUCGGGGACGACUGGGACAUGUACCGUGACUUUAACAAUAUGGGACAGGGGCCAUCUGCAGAGCCAGAACAUGGCAUGCAUGCACGCAAGGUUGGUGAUGUCCCACGCUACAGUGAGCGCAGCAGCAAGACGCACCUUGUGUCUGUACAGCCGCUCCUCGAGCAAGAGAAGGACUUUACGCGUGCAUAUUCAUUUGGCAGCGAUGACGACACCAAAUUGCUGCGCCGCGGCCCCAUGCAUGAGCCGAUGAUUGAGCUGGAGGAUCUACCUCCGUUGGGCACGGAAUUCAGCAGUUACGAACGCGAGCGCAUGACGCGCCGAUCGCGGCGCACACGAAAGCGGCUCGGACGGCUCGGGUAUUUGGAUUCGUGGCUCCGCGGCUAUACCCCCUUGUGCGGGUGGUUUGGUCCACGCGCCGCGGUAGCGAUUGGGUUUGUCCUGGUGGUUGUUAUCGGAGUAACGCUCUUUUUUGUCAUACCCCGUGUCCCCUCGGUCACACUCGUCACCAAAGACCCGCUCGUCCCAGCGCAGGCUCGCUCGGAUAUGGCUGUUACGGUACAGCCCACUGGAUUCACCAUGAAUGGGACGCUCGCGCUGCAUAUGGACAAUUCGCAAGGCUGGAUACCUUCGCAUCUUAAGACGGUCGAAGCUGUCGUCAAGUUCCAGCCGCAAGAUACCAAGGUUGGCGAGGGAAAGCUCAAGGGCCCAUGGAUCCCCGGCCGCACUUCGACCAGGCUCCAUGUUCCUAUAUCGUUCUCGUACAAGAGCCCGAACGCGACGGGCGAUGAUACACAACUUACUUUCCAGGACGCGUGCGCGCAUUUAUCACUCGAUUUGUCUGUAAAAGUGACGCUGGACGUUGCCGGUAUUGCAGGCACGCACACCUCCUUGCUGGACCUGCCAAGCUUCGCAUGUCCGUGGGAACUGCCCAACUAG